AUGAUACUUUAUCAAAAUUACGAAGUUACUAUCAGUGUGUGUAUAUUUUUGAUCGUUAAAAUUAUAUGUAUAUUUGUGGAAAAACGUCGCGUAUCAAUGUUUAACAAGCAGCCGACACUCACAAGCAUACCGGAACAAAUUGAAAAAGAUGAGGAAAUAAUGAAAUGGGUGCCGAAAAAGAAACACGAAAUUUUAAAAGCUAAGUACAAAUGUCUUAAAAAACUCUUCCAGAUAUACGAUGCCAGUGUAAUCGGUAUAUUACCCCAGAACUGUACAGUUCAACAACCUGAUGAUGAGAGACCGCAUAGAAGAAAAAGAUCGCAUAGAACUAAAACUGAUGCAUGUGCUGGAACUACAGAAAUUUCUAGUGGGGAUAUAUCAGAAAAUGAAGCAGUGACCGUUAUAAAUGAAUUAAAAUUGGAUUGUAAUUCCUCAUCACAAAUAAUUAAAUCGAAUACGACGGUAUCUAAUGCAAGAGGUAACAAAAGCACGCAAGAUUCCAACGAUGACUCACUCGGCGAUGUCAGUGACUGCCCUUACGCCCAAAACUUGGUUAAUCGUAAGAAACCAACCCGUUUCCAAAUUUUCCUGCAAAGGAUUUUGGGUAUACGAGCGAAAAAUUACCAUCCAUACGGAGGCAGUGACAAUAAUAUAAAUUGUUUCGAGAGACGAAGACGCAAUAGAUUGCAAUUCAGAAGAUUUCGACAUCCGAGGAAAACUAAUUCGGAUAUCGUAUUAAGGGAUUCGAAAGGUCCGAUAAUUUUAUCGUACGUGCAAUCCAUUCAAAGAAAUUACUUGACGGACACAACACCACGGCAUUGUCCAAUGGUUGGAUGUAAGAUGAUAGCUUAUGGUAUAAUUAAUUAUAAUGACCACUUAAACCUUUGUCACUUUCCGGACCGAAAGUACAUCUGUCAUUAUUGUCAUGAAGGUUUCACCAAAGAGUAUGAUAAGAUUAUGCAUGAAAAUGAGCACAUUGGUAUAACGAAAAUUAACGCGCAAGUCACUUCUGCACCUUCCACAACAAGACAUACGACAAAAAUUGCUAGCAACACCCAAACUGAACCGGAAUUAACUAAAAGCGACGUACCCGAAGAGAAACUAAAAAAAAUCGUUUCAUUCUUUGACAAAAUAAGUGAUCCCGAACAAGUGCUAGCGGAGAUAAAGAAUCGUUCAACGGGACAAAAUUUCCAAACCUACCACCACUAUCCUAAGACUGACAAUGAAUCGGAGACAACGAAAUCUGACUUGAGCUCAAGUCAAAAGUCGACAAAAUACCUUCCAGUGAGAUGUCAGCUGUGUGGAGAAAUAUUUGAGCAUAGACGUCAACUUAAUCUCCACGUGGACUUUGAACAUAGAAUAAACGACAAAUUCUCCAAAUUCCACAGCUGUGCUGGUAUUGUUAAUCAAACUCGAAAUACAGGUAAUAUAUUACGCAAUGUCCAAAGCAUGGAGAGGUCCACAGAUACUGUAGAAAGUUCUCGUAAAUCAACUGACAAUUUAAGCUAUGACCCAUCAACGAAUAUUGUUUAUUAUACAUCUACGGAAUCUGUUAAUAAGAACACUGAUAAGAGAAAUAUCGUUCAGGAUAUUCAAAACGAUUUUUGCUAUAAAUGGGAGCCGUGUACUGCGAGCGUUGUAAGAAUCUAAUGUUUCGUUUUGUUU